CCCGCACGCAGUCUCCAUCGCCCGCCUCUGGUUGUCCAGUCCGCCAGCCGCGCGCGAUGCUGAACGGUACGGGCCUGGACCAGGCGUUUAAGAUGUCGUUGCCGCGGAGGGCAAGGAUCGGCGCGUCCGUGGGACCCGUUCGUUCUUCUGCGGGCUACAAGAAGGCAGAGGAUGAGAUGUCCCGGGCCACGUCUGUUGGAGACCAGCUAGAGGCACCGGCCCGCAUAAUUUACCUCAACCAAUCUCAUCUCAACAAAUUCUGCGACAACCAGAUAAGUACGGCCAAGUACAGCGUGUUGACGUUUCUACCUCGAUUCUUGUAUGAGCAGAUUAGGAGAGCUGCUAAUGCCUUCUUCCUCUUCAUUGCCUUAUUACAGCAAAUUCCAGACGUAUCGCCGACCGGACGAUACACCACCCUGGUGCCAUUGAUUAUCAUUUUAACAAUUGCAGGCAUCAAAGAGAUUGUAGAAGACUUUAAACGACAUAAGGCAGACAGCGCCGUUAACAAGAAGAAAACAAUAGUGUUAAGAAAUGGUAUGUGGCAAACCAUCGUGUGGAAAGAGGUGGCAGUGGGAGACAUCGUGAAGGUCCUCAAUGGGCAAUAUCUUCCAGCAGACAUGGUCCUCUUCUCCUCCAGUGAGCCUCAGGGGAUGUGCUAUGUUGAAACUGCUAACCUGGAUGGAGAAACGAACCUUAAAAUACGACAGGGUCUGAGCCACACGGCCGACAUGCAGACCAGGGAGGUGCUGAUGAAGCUGACGGGAAGGAUAGAGUGUGAAGGGCCCAAUCGCCACCUCUACGACUUCACCGGCAACUUGCACUUGGAUGGGAAGAGCUCUGUUGCCCUCGGGCCCGACCAGAUCUUACUAAGAGGCACCCAGCUCAGGAACACUCAGUGGGUCUUUGGCGUUGUGGUAUAUACCGGCCACGAUAGCAAACUCAUGCAGAAUUCAACAAAAGCUCCUCUCAAGAGGUCCAACGUCGAGAAGGUAACCAACGUGCAGAUCUUGGUGUUGUUUGGCAUCCUCCUGGUCAUGGCCCUGGUGAGCUCGGUGGGGGCCCUGUUCUGGAAUGGGUCCCAUGGUGGAAAGAGCUGGUACAUCAAGAAGAUGGACACGAGCUCAGAUAAUUUUGGAUACAACUUGCUGACAUUUAUCAUCCUGUACAACAAUCUGAUUCCCAUCAGCCUGCUGGUGACGCUGGAGGUUGUGAAGUACACGCAAGCUCUCUUCAUAAACUGGGACACAGAUAUGUAUUAUAUUGAAAACGACACUCCUGCUAUGGCCAGGACAUCGAACCUUAAUGAAGAGCUUGGCCAGGUCAAAUAUCUGUUUUCCGACAAGACUGGAACGCUAACGUGCAAUAUCAUGAACUUCAAGAAGUGUAGCAUUGCCGGCGUGACCUAUGGCCACUUCCCAGAACUAGCCAGAGAGCCGUCAUCAGAUGACUUCUGCCGGAUGGGUCCAUGCCCCAGUGACUCAUGUGACUUUAAUGAUCCCAGGCUGUUAAAGAACAUCGAGGACCAACAUCCCACAGCCCCUUGUAUCCAAGAGUUCCUUACCCUGCUGGCCGUCUGUCACACCGUAGUCCCUGAGAAGGAUGGGGAUGAAAUCAUCUACCAGGCUUCCUCCCCAGAUGAAGCUGCUUUGGUCAAAGGAGCUAAGAAGCUUGGCUUCGUGUUUACAGGCAGGACGCCGUACUCCGUCAUCAUCGAAGCGAUGGGGCAAGAACAGACAUUUGGAAUCCUCAAUGUUCUGGAAUUUUCUAGUGACCGGAAAAGGAUGUCUGUCAUUGUUCGAACUCCAUCGGGACAACUUCGACUCUACUGCAAGGGAGCUGAUAAUGUAAUCUUUGAAAGGCUUUCAAAAGACUCCAAGUACAUGGAGGAGACAUUGUGCCAUCUGGAAUAUUUUGCCACAGAAGGCCUGCGGACUCUGUGUGUGGCCUACGCGGAUCUUUCUGAGAAUGAGUAUGAGGAGUGGCUGAAAGUCUAUCAAGAGGCCAGCAUCAUACUGAAGGACAGAGCACAGAGGCUAGAAGAGUGUUAUGAGAUCAUCGAGAAGAAUUUACUAUUACUUGGAGCCACAGCCAUCGAAGACCGUCUUCAAGCCGGGGUUCCUGAAACCAUAGCUACUCUGUUGAAGGCAGAAAUUAAAAUAUGGGUGUUAACAGGAGACAAGCAAGAAACUGCAAUCAAUAUCGGGUAUUCCUGUCGGCUGGUGUCACAGAACAUGGCCCUUAUCCUAUUGAAGGAGGACUCUUUAGACGCAACAAGGGCUGCCAUCACUCAGCACUGCACGGACCUGGGAGAGUUGCUGGGCAAGGAGAACGAUGUAGCCCUUAUCAUUGACGGCCACACCCUGAAGUACGCUCUCUCCUUUGAAGUCCGCAGAAGUUUCCUGGACCUGGCGCUCUCGUGCAAGGCGGUCAUCUGCUGCAGAGUGUCCCCUCUGCAGAAGUCUGAGAUUGUGGAUGUUGUGAAGAAGCGGGUGAAAGCCAUCACCCUGGCCAUCGGGGACGGUGCCAAUGACGUGGGGAUGAUCCAGACAGCCCACGUAGGGGUCGGGAUCAGCGGGAACGAGGGCAUGCAGGCCACCAACAACUCAGAUUACGCCAUUGCACAGUUUUCCUACCUGGAGAAGCUGCUUUUAGUUCACGGAGCCUGGAGCUACAACCGGGUCACCAAGUGCAUCCUCUACUGCUUCUACAAGAAUGUGGUCCUCUACAUCAUCGAGCUUUGGUUCGCCUUUGUUAAUGGAUUUUCUGGGCAGAUCUUAUUUGAGCGCUGGUGCAUCGGCUUGUACAAUGUGAUCUUCACCGCAUUGCCGCCCUUCACUCUGGGAAUCUUUGAGAGGUCUUGUACUCAGGAGAGCAUGCUGAGGUUUCCACAGCUCUACAAAAUCACCCAGAAUGCAGAAGGCUUCAACACUAAGGUUUUCUGGGGUCACUGUAUCAAUGCCUUGGUCCACUCCCUCAUCCUCUUCUGGCUUCCCAUGAAAGUACUGGAGCACGAUACUCCACUGGCCAGCGGUCAUGCCACAGAUUAUUUGUUUGUUGGAAAUAUUGUUUACACGUACGUUGUGGUUACAGUUUGCCUGAAAGCUGGUUUGGAGACAACAGCUUGGACUAAAUUCAGUCACCUGGCCGUAUGGGGAAGCAUGCUGAUCUGGCUGGUGUUUUUUGGUGUCUAUUCAACCAUCUGGCCGACCAUCCCCAUCGCUCCUGACAUGAAAGGGCAGGCGACCAUGGUCCUGAGCUCUGCAUCCUUCUGGUUGGGAUUGUUCCUGGUUCCAACUGCGUGUCUGAUUGAAGAUGUGGUGUGGCGAGCGGCCAAGCACACCUGCAAAAAGACGCUGCUGGAGGAGGUGCAGGAGCUGGAGACCAAGUCCCGAGUGAUGGGGAAAGCAAUGCUGCGAGACAGCAAUGGAAAGAGGAUGAACGAGCGUGACCGUCUGAUCAAGAGACUUAGCAGGAAGACACCCCCGACCCUCUUCCGAGCAGGCUCCAUCCAGCAGUGUGUCACCCACGGGUAUGCCUUUUCCCAAGAAGAGCAUGGCGCUGUCACCCAGGAGGAAAUAGUCCGUGCUUACGACACCACCAAAACGAAGUCGAGGAAGAAAUGAGGCGACUUUCCUGGAUGGCUCCGGGGAAAGGGAUUCUGUUUGGCGCAAGCAGUGCUAACGCGGCUUUGUCAGAGAGACUGGCGCCCACAGCCCAACACCAGAAGACACAUUUCUGUGGCCUUAGCCGACCAGUUCGUUAGCAGCUGUCUUGUCCCCUUGCAGUCCCAGGGUGUAGGCAUCAGGGGAAGCUCUACUCCCAGCUUGUCUGCCGUGCUUGGCCCAACUUCUGUUGACGGUGUUAUGAAGCAUUCAGCUGGGCUCUCUGAGGUGUGAAAUUAAAAACUACGUUUCACCAAUGCUCAAACAUCAACGCUAGUGGUUCUGGGAGAAAGGAAGGGGGCAUUAUGUUACUAGAGACCAGUCCUGUGUAAUCGGAACAGGGUACCCUUACUUCCUGUUCCGUGCAUGUCCAGAUCACACAAGCCUCGCUUUCUGCAGACUGCUCACUCACUUGGAUUCCUGUUUUCUUUGCGUGAAGUCGGCAUAAACUUCUUGAUUACACCGAAAUCAGAAAACCUUAUGGUUGAAGGACAAUCCCGAGAACAUUUCUUUGGCUCUUUUGGCCCCAGCCCCAGCCUCAGCCAGGCAACUAGCCAGAAUUCCACGCCUUCUGCACCGAUUUUAGGUGCAGGCCUUCCGUCUUGCCAUGGCCGCUCUGUGCUCUUGUCCGCAGAUCUGCACAGCUGGCCCCUGGGUGUGGUGCCCCGCAGCUGGCAGCCCCCCAUCCAGGUCCCCGGUGUCUUUGUUCCUCUCUCCAUGCAGAUGUGGAAGUCAGAAUCUUCUUACCUAGCCUCAUCUGCCUGCCCUGCCCUGCCCCGCCCUGCCCCGCCCCGCCCCUCCCCACUGCUGCCCUUGAGCUCUGUGGCUGAAGAGAAGUGUCUGAACCACACCUGGCCUAACACUUAACUGUCUUUUUUGAGGGGAUCCUGUGGGAAGGGGAACAGGCCCUGCAUAUCACUUCUGAGCUAGUCCUCUGGCAGCCUCUCAGAAUCGAUACCUGCCUCUAGAUGCUCAAAGCCCAUUUUAGGCUUUCCACCUCUGUGCACUGAAGGGACAAAACUGGCACUCUGAAAUUCUAGAAUCUGGGUGAGCUUAGGGUGGGGGGUAAGCAUAGGGCACCCCAUCUGAGAUCUCGCUGGAAGGUGACCAAGGACACCUGACUCAGGAGGCAGACACGAAGGCCGUUUUCACCACAUCGCAGUGGAAGUUCUCAAGUCCUACUUUUGAUGGACAGUUGUAAUGAUCAGUCCAUGUACGCUGUCGUGGAAACCAGACCUUGUCUUGCAGACAUUUUGUCUAGUUGAUUUUUUUUAAGAGUCUUACACUGUAUGCCCAAUCUAGCAUUGAAUGCACUUUGUAGUCCAGGCUAGCCUCAGACUCUCAGCAACCCUCAGCCUCCCGCAUAUUAGGGUUAUAGGUGUGAGUUACCACGCUCGGCACCAUACACAUCUAAGAAAAACAAUUCCAAGCAUCGUCAAGAUCAUAACUUUUAAAAAUAGUCACGUGGUCUCCUUUCUGUAUCCGGCAAGUUUUAGGCCCAAGGGCCUCUUUCUGGACAGUGACUUGGUCUCUCAAACAAGGAAGGGAAGUGCCUGUUCCAAGCUUGGGCCACUACAGGCCUGGAUGCUCCAAGCCUGCAUGCGAGAAAAUGUGGGCCGGCCUCAGCAUGCUUUUUUCCCUUUAUUUUGGCUGCCGAACCGGAGUUUGUGGAUGGCUUAAAGUAAAUACCCCUGGGCAGUUGUUACCGGGUGAACUGGUACCAUACCACCAGGGGUGUAUGCUAGCUUAGAAAAUAAGGCAGCAUUGGGGGGGGAUGGCUGAGCAGUCCAAGAUGCUGCAUUCAGAAAGAAGAGAUGCUACACUUUGCUUUACUUAACGCUUUACUUUUGGAACAUCAGAGAUGAAUGGGCACCAAAAAACAAGCAAACAAACAAAAAACUUGGUUAUGAUUUGAGUAAGAAAACUGAUUCUCACUUAGGGCGUGGCCAGGAUGCUGAGAUGGCUUGAAGGGAGGCAGAGUGGUACAGUUAAGGAAAAUCUUGCAAAUGACCUCUCUUUGCUCCCUGAGGCAAGAAAAAAACCUAGCAUGCCCAGCAAGCUGGAAUCCUGACAGACUGUACC